GCAUUUCGAGGUGGAAAAUGAGUUCAAAGAGAAUAACUAGCAGAUACUUUGCUUGUGAUGUUUUGCAACAUUCUUUUCUCUUUGCUGGUGAUCAUAUGAUCUUGUGCUCGUUUUCACAGGGUUAGAGAAUUGGGUGUUACUUUGUUUCGGUGUUGUUUUCUGCAUGGUGAUUAUUUUUAACUGUUAAAAAUGAUGAAGCUAGUGUUAUGUUUUGUUGCAUUCUUUGCGACAGCCUUUGGUUCUGGAGAUGUGACAUUUAUACAUCACCCAAAAAAUAUAUACUUUAAAGGAAAUGAAAUAGUAGAUCAGAGUUUCUUAACGGAAAUUUUUUCUGCAUCCCUUGGUUUUACUACAAAUCAGGAUUCUGAUUGGUCUGGCCUGAAAAUUACCAAUCCAUUUCAUUAUGCUGAAGCUAUUGUUGUUCUUUUUGUUGAUGGAAUUGAAAAACUUGAAAGUGUGAAAGGUCAUAACUUCGAUUUAAAUACUGAUGAAGAUGAAGACACAAUUUGGCUGAAUCUAGAACGACGUGUGAGAAAUCGUUUUCCCUCUCAAAAUAAUACUCUUAUGCGAGUAGAAUUGACUGAAGGACCAAACAGUAAAUGGGCAUUUAAAAUCUUAUAUAUUUCUGAGGUUGUGCCAUUUUACAAUUUAUUUGGGGAAGUAGAUAACACAGUUUUGCCUGAUGUUCAGUUUCUGGAUCUGAAUGUAACAGAAGAUCGUGCCUUUCUUUCUGAAAUAUCUUUACUUCAAGACAUUGUGAAGAAGGUUGAAAGUGGUUCUAUUUCCCGAGAUGGUAUCCCUGACGUUUACUGGUUUGUCUUGCGAGGUUUGCAUGCUGUUUGGGAUUUACAUAGUGAUGAAUCUCCAGCCACAGUAGAAGCAGAGCAGCUUCUGAAAGACACUGUUAAUGAAAUGAAUAGAGCUUUCAUAAAAGCCUAUGAAGGGCGAGUUCUUAUCACAAUGAUUACCUCUGAUGUCAGCCAUACACGCCAGGUUCGUCAAGUUGCUUCCCCGGAAGCAACACGUGCUUCUUCCAUUGACAUAAAAGCUGCACCUACCUAUGAUGAAAAUUAUCCUGUCAUUUUUAAUAUUAUUUUAUGGUUUAUGGUGACAUUUGUAAUGGCACUUCUUGCAAUAUGUCUUGUUAUCAUGCGAAUGGAUCCUGGAAGAGAUUCUAUCAUCUAUCGUAUGACCACCAUGAAGAGCAUGAAAAAAGAAAACUAGUGUUGUGAUUUUGCAAAAUACUUUGGGAAUUAGUAUGAGGAGAAUAUAGGUAGUUUGAUGUACUAACUUUAUUACUUAAAUUGGUGUAUGUUAAACAUUUUAGUGUUGAAAUAUGUGUCAUUCAUUCAACGGAAAAAUGAAGGCUGAAUUGGAGUAAAGAAUUUGUCAGCACUUUCUUACUAUGCUCAUGUACUUUGUAUAUUGUGUUUAUACUAUUUGUUGGAUAUUUGUAUAAAAUUGUUUGCUUUGCAAUAGUAUGCAAGUGGUAUGCAUUUCAGUAGGUGUACCUUCAAACUUAAUAACUCAGUAAAAGUUAAAAUUGGUAGUAAUGGUAGAUAUUCUAAAGUGAUGUGCUUACCAAUUAAGUAUGUAUUAUAUGUAAAUUAAAAUGAAUUGGACAGAAAUAAUUGUGUAAAAUAGUCACUGCAGUACAUGUGUGUAUAAUUUAGGUAUAAAUACCAUAAGGCCAAUAUUUCAUGUAUAUAUAAAUGCUAAUGUGUAACAAUGCAAUACUGUACGAUAAAUUAAUAUUUGGUACCAUAAUUUUUUGUGAAUCGGCAGAUGUAUGUGUUAGUUGAGUCUUGAUCUAAACAGGUCUGAGAACAAUAUAUAUCAUUUCUUACAUGUAUUUAUUAAUUGUUGCUCUUAAAACAAAAGAACUAUACAGAACUAAAAACCAUACAGUAAAUUCCUGAAUGAGUGUACUUCUGACAUGUUCCAUUUAUGUCAUUAUGUGUAUAUGGUGUCCAUUUUCCUAGAAAGCCUUAUGUAAGAUAGUUAAUGAUAUAACAUUCCUAAAUUGUGUAUUUGUAAAUAAAAAGUAUGGGAACGGUCAGAAAGCUGCUUCUUUCUUCUUUUUUUUUUUUACUAUAGGUUCAAUGUAAUU